AAUUGCCUGGAGGAUUGGGGGGGGGGGCACCUAUAAGCUCAGAGGGGGGUGGAAAGCUUCGCCUAUAAAGCCAACCAUCAGGAUGCAAUGUUAGGAGGGGGCAGAUGUAAAGCAUGAAAUCAGGUUUAAAAAACACCCAGAGAUUCGCCUGGCUCUGGCCACAGCACAGCAAAGUUAGCUGCGGCUGAGGGAUUUCCGGGGGGUGCUGUACCCCUUUCCUGGGCCCCGCGGCCCUGCGCCGGGACACUCACCCCCUCCGUCACCCCCAAACCAGGACCUUCACAUACAUACAUUUUAAAAGAAAUCCAAGUCUUACUUUCAAAGCACACACUUAGUCUCAACUAGGGAAUCAACAGAAGCAGAAGCGAUUUUUUUCCCCCUUCUUGACAUCUGGCUCGCGAUUGGCUGGAAGGGGGUCAGCUGACUUUGUCAUUUUGUCUGUCCUGGAUUGGAGCCGUCCCUAUAACCAUCUAGUUCCGAGUACAAACUGGAGACAGAAAUAAAUAUUAAAGAAAUCAUAGCCCGACCAGGUAAAGGCAGAGGGAUGAAUUCCUACUUCACUAACCCUUCCUUAUCCUGCCACCUCGCCGGGGGCCAGGACGUCCUCCCCAACGUCGCCCUCAAUUCCACCGCCUAUGAUCCAGUGAGGCAUUUCUCGACCUAUGGAGCGGCCGUUGCCCAGAACCGGAUCUACUCGACUCCCUUUUAUUCGCCACAGGAGAAUGUCGUGUUCAGUUCCAGCCGGGGGCCGUAUGACUAUGGAUCUAAUUCCUUUUACCAGGAGAAAGACAUGCUCUCUAACUGCAGACAAAACAACUUAGGACAUAACACACAGACCUCAAUCGCUCAGGAUUUUAGUUCUGAGCAGGGCAGGACUGCGUCCCAGGACCAGAAAGCCAGUAUCCAGAUUUACCCCUGGAUGCAGCGAAUGAAUUCGCACAGUGUGUGUUUUGUGCCCGGAUCUCUAGGGGUCGGCUACGGGGCGGACCGGAGGCGCGGCCGCCAGAUCUACUCGCGGUACCAGACCCUGGAACUGGAGAAGGAAUUUCAUUUCAACCGCUACCUAACGCGGCGCCGGCGCAUCGAGAUCGCCAACGCGCUCUGCCUGACCGAACGCCAGAUCAAAAUCUGGUUCCAGAACCGUCGAAUGAAGUGGAAAAAGGAAUCUAAUCUCACGUCCACGCUCUCAGGGGGCGGCGGAGGGGCCGCGGCUGACAGCCUGGGCGGAAAAGAGGAAAAGCGGGAAGAGACAGAAGAGGAUAAGCAAAAAGAGUGACCAGGACUGGCCCAGCCACCCUAUCUCCGUCCUGCUCCCUCGAUCCCUCCAACUCCCUCCUGAUCACGCGCUCUAUAUUUAUCACUGGCACAAUCGAUGUGUUUGGACUCCGUAAAACAAAAUUAGGGAGUUCAAUGUGGACCUGAAAGUCAGCUCUGGACCCCCUCCCUCACCGCACAAACUCUCCCGCGCCACCCGCCUCCUGCUCCUCCUAGCUCCCUGGCUCGCUUGUUCUCAGCUUGUCUGCAGGCCCCUUCCCCAGCCCAGGCCUUGGGGGCUCAGGGCCCCUGGACCUCAGCUUCAGGCUCCUCAAAUCUCCCUCCAACUGAGGACUUGGCCCCCCACCUUUCUCGGCGCCCCCUUUCGCCCCAGCCCCCCACGCGCCCUAAAGCAGGCUCCAGGACCUGGGCCUCUGCUCAGUGGC